GUCUUGCAGAAUCUUGAUCAUUCCUCAGCCGGGUUAAAACACAUGCAGGCAGAGUGGAGCAGUCACACGGUGGUUUGCCUCGGGGUUUGCCCGUUAGUCAUCAGAAAAUGCCGAGCACUCAUCGUUUCAUCGCAACGGUGGGGGCAAGCUGCGUAUCACGACGUUGACGGUGCUGACGGUGGUGAUGAUGAGGUGCGACCCAAAGGCGCAAUAAAUUGAUGGACAAGCUGCUGGUUGAAAGUCAAAAAGAUGGAUGCGACAGAUGCUAACAAUGGCUUUCGACCAGCUCUCAUCGUAGUGGACAUGCAGGAGGACUUCUGCUAUCCGAAUCCUCUUGGUGUUCGCGGUGGACGUGAGCUUGUCCCGUUAAUAAACGAACUAAUUGGGUACCCGGGAUUCGUCCUCAGAAUUGCGACUCAAGAUUUUCACCCCGCGACCCACAUCUCCUUUGCUACAAACCACCCGGCACCGAAUAACAAACCAUUCGAGUCGUAUAUAACUAUGAAAAACCCCGCGCCAGGCAAGGAGUCUAUAACCAUGCCUCAGCGCCUGUGGCCCGUGCAUUGCGUGCAGCACACGCCCGGCGCGGAACUACUUCCUGGGAUUGAGAAGGAGAAAUUUGAUUUAAUAGUCAGGAAAGGGAUGGAUGAGAGGGUAGAGAUGUAUUCUGCGUUUGCGGAUGCGUUUGGGAACACGGACUGUGUGGCUUCCGGGGGUGCAAGCGCGGACCUAGAGACGGCGCUGAGGGAGAACCAGGUGACGGAUGUGUUUGUGGUGGGUGUCGCAGGGAGUUACUGCGUCAAGUUUACGGCUAUCGAUGCGAUGGAAAGGGGAUUCAAUGCCUACGUGAUUGAGGAGGGUACUAGGUGUGUUGAUGAGGGGGACGUGUGGAACGAGACGAAAGCCGAAUUGGCUGGUCACGGUGUUAAGGUUGUUCGGCUUGAUGGGCCAGAGGUUGGAAUGAUAAAAAGGAGUGUGUGAGCCGUGUUAGCGAAAAAUGGGCAGAUGUUACGGGAGUGCUUGGAGGCCUCUUAACCGGCUACCAUAUAUUCUUUGCAGCCCUCAGUAUAGAUGACCAUUUUUGUUAUGAGAGUGGACUUUGCAUUGGUCGGAUACAAUAACUAAGUUGACUAAAUAA